GGAGUCCCACAACACUGCUGCCACUCUUCACUAUUGUCGAAGGAGAAUAUUAAGACCAAGAGAUAUUAUUUCCUCUAUUAUAGGAGGGACCAGGGGAUAGGAAACCAAUAUACAAAUGUGAAAAAUACUUCCUUUAAUGUUUAUGAAGAGCCUCAGUGGUGCUCCGGGAGUCUGCUCUUCGUGUACAUAAUUCCUAGUCUGCUGUUCUUCGUCUCCUACUUGGUGACCUGUGUUAUUCUAAGGUUUGGGGAAACAGAACAUCUCCAGACACUCCUAGAGAGGGUGUACCUCCUGGCCUCCUGUUCACCGUGGGAGCUGGUCAAGCAGCGGCGCAUCUGGUGCACCUUCCUGGCGUGGCUGCUGGCGGGGGUGGCGUGCCUGGCGUGCUCCCUGGCCUCCAUGAUGCUGCACAUCGCUGCCGCCAAACACAUCCCAUACUCCUUCAUCAUUCCAAGAAGCAAGUCCAGCAAGGUGGUGCUGUGGACUGGAGCUCUGGGGCUGCUGUGGCUCCAGGACUUUGUUGUGGUAAUGAGUGUGUUGCUGUACUGCACCCAGUGUCACCUCCUCUCUCGCCUCCUCCACAUCACCAGGACAACAAUAUACCAGGGCGACACUCCUCUCAUACUCAUAAAAAAGCAAAUUGAGGAGACAUCCAGAUUUUUGCGACACUUGAAUCAGGAGUUGGGGCUGAGCGUUGGGCUGUUCCUGUGCCUCUUAGGUUUCAGGCUGACCACUGGUGCCGUCAGCCUUUUUUCCUUCCUGAAGCAGUACAUCCAUCCUGAGAAUGAACUGGUGUGGCUGUGGCCCACUCAGGACUCGAAGCUGACAUUCCACUUGUUGGCGCUGGUGUUUAACCUCCUGCCCUGGCUGGUGCUGACAGCCCUGCCUCUCUGCACUGCCGCCAGGGUCACCAGCAACUACCGGGCUCUUAACAAGGCCGGGAGUCAGCUUCAUGGCCGACCUUUUGGCUACCAGUCCACGCCCCAGCAAGACAUCGACUCCUUCUUGCUGUACGUGACCAGCCUGCACCUCCAUGCCAAGAUACUGUGGGUGCCGGUUCGUACGUACUUCUUGGUGUCCAUAUUUGUACUCCUCCUUAUGGCCUUCAUCAUACUAAGCUACCUUUACUUUUAAAAAUAACAGGGUAAUAUAGUUGGUGAUUGUAAAGCUUUGAAGAUAAAGCCUUUCUGUACCUACUAUUGAAGGCAUAGAUUCUGAGAACUUGUUUUGGAAUCUUACCUCUGUCUCCAUCUUAAAGGUUCCCACUUGACUGUAAAAUCAUGAAAUGCAAAUUGUCUCCAGAAAGACAAUUUAUUUCAUCCUUUGGUUAAUGCAGCCAAUACGCAACAAUAGAUUAGAAAGCUGUCCAUGGUUUGUGGACAUUGUACCAUAAACUAAUCACAUAAAUGCUGUACUUGUUAAGUAAUGAACUUUAUAUUUUGUUACAAAGAUCUGCUUGAAUCAUAGAUUAUAUAGUGCCUGAAAGUAAUUUAUAAAAAGUGAGAUAUUGCUAAUCUGCUGAGCUGUGAUACACAAGUCCAUUUGAGAUUAAAGGAGUAGUUGUAAGAUGAGAUGGCUACAAGUAGCAUGAAUACAUUGUAAAUUAAAAUAUGCCGAGUUAAUAACAGUUCGUACUCGUAAAUAACCCCAAAACCUCAUUUUUUAUUUAAUUUCUUCAGUGGUUAUGGGUUUUCUCCAUAUUUCUCAUAAGCUUACUUUCAGACUGAUACAAAUGUUAUUUUAGAUAAUUAUGUACAGUUUACUGAACAUUUUUUUUCGGAUUGAAAGUAAAAACUAUAAUUUAGGAGCCCAAUUGGAGGAAUUAUGCCGUUUACCUGACCACUGAGUGCUUAGUAUAUAAUGCUGUACAGUUUUUUUUUCACUGAAUCCAUAUCCUUACGCCUUGAUGCUGACAGAAGAUUUUUGCUUUCCUUGAUAUUCUUAAUAAUAUAUAUAAAUAAAUCUUUUAUAUUGAUAUAAUAUA